GCCUCCCAGGAGAAAGGUUCCGCGCCGCCGGAAGUGAAGGACGGCCGGGCGCCGCGCGGAAGUGUAGUCGGGCCGAGGGGGAGGGAAGGCGGCCGGGAGCGAGCGACUGAGGAGGAUGAACAACAAAUUCGACGCUCUGAAGGACGAUGACAGUGGAGACCAUGACCAGAACGAAGAGAACGGCACACAGAAAGAUGGUGAGAAGGAAAAAAACGAUCGAGACAAAUCCCAGGGUAACAGCAAGAGGAAGGCUGUGGUUCCGGGGCCAGCCGAGCACCCCCUGCAGUAUAACUACACCUUCUGGUACUCCAGACGAACCCCUGGGAGGCCCACCAGCUCCCAAAGCUACGAACAGAACAUCAAGCAAAUUGGCACCUUUGCUUCCGUGGAGCAGUUCUGGAGGUUUUACAGUCACAUGGUCCGCCCUGGGGACCUGACGGGUCACAGCGACUUCCAUCUUUUCAAAGAAGGGAUCAAACCCAUGUGGGAGGACGACGCCAACAAGAACGGCGGCAAGUGGAUCAUCCGCCUCCGGAAGGGCUUAGCCUCUCGCUGCUGGGAGAACCUCAUCUUAGCCAUGCUGGGGGAACAGUUCAUGGUGGGGGAAGAAAUCUGCGGGGCGGUCGUCUCCGUCCGUUUCCAGGAGGAUAUCAUCUCCAUCUGGAACAAGACCGCCAGCGACCAGGCGACCACGGCCCGGAUACGGGACACGUUACGGCGCGUGCUGAACCUGCCCCCCAACACCAUCAUGGAGUACAAAACGCACACCGACAGCAUCAAGUACGUGCAGCAGGCGGCACGGGGGUGGGAAGGGGAGACAGAGCCGUGA